CGGUGGGGCAAGUACAAACAGAUUGUUCUUUCAGGAGUGCUGGAACAGGUUGUGAACUGCAGGGACUCGUUGGCUCAGGAGUAUCUAAUGGAGUGCAUCAUUCAGGUUUUCCCAGAUGAGUUCCACCUUCAGACCCUGAACCCUUUCCUACGUUCCUGUGCUGAGCUCCAUCAACAUGUCAAUGUCAAGAACAUCAUCAUUGCCCUCAUUGACAGACUUGCUCUGUUUGCUCAUCGAGAAGAUGGCCCUGGUAUUCCAUCUGAGAUCAAACUGUUUGACAUCUUCUCUCAGCAAGUGGCUACUGUUAUUCAAUCUCGCCAGGACAUGCCAUCAGAGGACGUAGUCUCUUUGCAGGUCUCUCUCAUCAACUUGGCCAUUAAAUGCUACCCUGACCGUGUGGACUACGUAGAUAAGGUCCUGGAGAGCACUGUGGAGAUAUUCAACAAGCUCAACUUGGAACACAUAGCGACCAGCAGCGCAGUGUCAAAGGAACUAACCCGACUGUUGAAGAUCCCAGUGGAUACCUACAACAACAUCCUGACCGUGCUGCAGCUCAAGCACUUCCCACCACUCUUCGAGUACUUUGACUACGAGUCACGCAAGAGCAUGAGUUGCUAUGUGCUGAGCAACACACUGGACUACAACACCACCAUUCUGGAACAGGAACAGGUGGACGCCAUCUUGAGCUUGGUAUCCACACUGAUACAGGACCAGCCAGACCAACCAGCUGAUGACCCUGACCCUGAGGACUUUGCUGAGGAGCAGAGCCUUGUGGGUCGUUUCAUCCAUCUGCUCCACUCCGAAGAUCCGGAUCAACAGUAUCUUAUUCUGAACACAGCCCGGAAACACUUUGGUGCGGGUGGGAACCUAAGGAUUCGCUACACACUCCCUCCUCUGGUGUUCGCUGCCUACCAGCUGGCCUUCAGAUACAAGGAGAACUCCUCAUUGGAUGACAAGUGGGAAAAGAAGUGUCAGAAGAUCUUUUCCUUCGCCCACCAGACCAUCAGUGCACUUAUCAAGGCAGAGCUUGCUGAGCUGCCUCUUCGACUCUUCCUGCAGGGGGCGCUGGCUGCAGGCGAGAUUGGCUUUGAAAACCACGAGACUGUUGCUUAUGAGUUCAUGUCACAGGCCUUCUCUCUGUACGAGGAUGAGAUCAGUGACUCUAAAGCCCAGUUGGCAGCCAUCACACUGAUCAUUGGUACCUUUGAGCGAAUGCGAUGUUUCAGCGAGGAAAACCAUGAGCCGCUGAGGACUCAGUGUGCGCUGGCUGCCUCCAAGCUGCUGAAGAAGCCUGACCAGUGCCGAGCCGUCAGUAUCUGCGCCCAUCUCUUUUGGUCAGGUCGCAGCACUGAAAAAAAUGGUGAAGAGAUCCGUGAUGGUAAGCGGGUGAUGGAGUGUCUAAAGAAAGCCCUGAAGAUUGCCAACCAGUGUAUGGACCCAUCGCUGCAAGUCCAGCUUUUCAUUGAAAUCCUCAACAGAUACAUCUGCUUCUAUGAGAGAGAAAAUGAUGCGGUGACUGUCCAGGUAUUAAACCAGCUUAUCCAGAAGAUCAGAGAAGACCUUCCCAACCUGGAGGCGAGUGAGGAAACGGAGCAGAUCAACAAACACUUCCACAACACACUGGAGCAUCUUCGCCUGCAGAGAGAAUCCCCCGAGUCUGAGGGCCCCGCCUAUGAGGGCCUGGUUCUUUAAAACUCACGCAGGUUGGAAGGAUGUGAAGUCCAUCCAUAGAUGUUUCACUAUAUUAUAAAUAUACAAGAGCACACACUCACAAGAACUCACAAAAUCCCAUCCUUUAGGCCGGGAAUAAAAAUAAAUAUCAAGAAGAGCUAAAGUACUCAUUCCUUCAUUUUAUUAUUAUUAAUUUUUCUGCAUAAGUUCCUCUUCACCAUCCCUCACUUGCAGAACGGUUUUCUGCAACAGGUUGGAGAUGUUACAUUUUGAGAAGCGUGUGCCAGCAACACUGCACUUAGCUUUAACGUGCACUUCUGGCAAGUCGUAGGCACCAUUCCUUUAUGAAUUCCUGCUUGGAAAAUUUGUCUUUAACCUGUAUCAUUUGAUUGUCAAUAGAUUUACUAGCUGUUGUAGGUGUACCUGCUGAGUCAUCAACCCCUCACGUGUUCGCAUCUUUCCAUAUCGAGAAUGAAUGUAUUGGCGUGAGUGUAUAACGGCUACAGGAUCUAGUAUUGGUGUUACAGCUAUAUUGCAUACGAAUAACCCCUGAAUAACUCUGCUGUUCCUUGGGAUGGCUUUGUAGCCAUUUUUAAACUAGUUGGAACCAACGAAACUGAAGACCUGAUGUAUGGAAGCACAUGCAAACUAUGGCCCCACAGGAACAGUGCAAACAAUGUUGUUUCCAUUAAAAACUGAUGUUUUGGAACAGCGCUUCUUAUCAUCUGGUCGGUCAAUUCAGUUAAUAAUUGUGCAUUUUGCAUGAUCCAGUUCUUCUGCUGUCCCUGCUGGGCUGCAAAGAAAUACAAAUAAUCUUACAAAUCUAGGGAUUUAUAGGUGGGAAAAUUGUCAUAUUUUGACAAGAUCCUCUCAUGCUUAAGCAGUGUUUCUUCUUAAUAACAUCAGAUUUGUCUCUCAUCACUCUAUGGACUCCAUAUUUCAUGUAUUGUUGAUUUCUGGACUUCUCACCAAUGGAUUGACAACUGCAAAGAACUGCAGCAUGUGUUUGCAUGAUUUAGUGUGCUUGUACUAUAAGGCCUGGUUUUCAGUUAGUCUGUUGUGGGGGCUGCAGAGAUUUCUCAGGAUUGUAUGCUAGUUGACAAGUUGCCAUACUGAGCACCUACUGAUGUACACAUGUGCUGCAGCUUCUGACAGUGUCUGCUGAUUUUCUUAGCUAUUGUUGAUUUGUUGGAGAGGGAAUUGACCAUUUUCUCUCCCCUUUUUAAAUCUGUGUGAAAACCCUCUUGUAAAUCAGAUCCAGAAAAAAAAGCAAAUUAAAAAGCAAUUCUCAUUGUCAUUUGCUGAAAUAAAAUAACAAUUAACAAUA